GGGAGGAGGAGAGAGGAGGAGGAGGAGGGAGGAGAUGCAUUUAUUGUUGUUUUUCUGGCUGUUUUCAACCGAACUGUGAGUGAAACGCUCCUCCUGACAUUCACAGUCCUCGUUCCUCUGAAUCAGAAUCUCCUCACUGUUAAUGUGGAAAAAUACAAAUAAAUUCAUGAAAGUAACACAAAAUAAACAUACUGAAGGUGAUUAUUGAUUAUUGACCAUGUUUCAUUAACCUUCAUGAUAAAGACACUCUGUCUCUCUGUUAUGUUUGUGUACGGUGGUUUAACUGUUGUCACCAUUGUUAAUAUUGUCUUUGCUAUUAAAAUUUAAAUUCUUGUUGGAGAGAUUGAAUCUCUGUCUGCCGUGUUGUCAGGUGUUACAUCCAGCAGAACAGGUUCUGGAUCUGAGGUGAUGUUGAUCCUGUUUCACGUGUGUGAAGUCUGAGAUCUGAAGUUCAGCUCCUCCUGAAUCUGACGUGUCGACAUCAUCUCCUCUUCAGACCUCCAAAAUUAACUUUCAUGCGAAAACAAGAGAUUUUGGUGGAUUAAGAUUUGUCGCUCCGUCGAUCUGCAGCGCUGAGUGACUUCUGAAUUAAUGGCCAAUUAUUUUGAUCGUCGGGAAUCAGUUUGAGUGAUCUUCAGAGAGAAGCCUUGAUCCUGAUGUCAGCUCGCUGAGUGUUUCCUGGUUUCAUUCCUCCGCUGACAGUUAACUAAAUAUUUUUAAGUUUUUAGACAAAAUGAGACUGAAGAGGAGGAGGAACAGCUAAUCACUAAAUGAAGGACACAAUCUAAAGACUGAUGAGUUCUUCCACUGCAGCGUGUGUGUGUGUGUGUGUGUGUGUGUGUGUGUGUGUGUGUGUGUGUGUGUGUGUGUGUGUGUGUGUGUGUGUGUGUGUGUGUGUGUGUGUGUGUGUGUGUGUGUGUGUGUGUGUGAGUGUGUGUGUGUGUGUGAGUGUGAGAGAGAGAGAGCUUAUUUAAAGGGCUGACUCCCUCGCUGGGCGAUCGACACCAGCUCAGCAUCAUCAGUUUACCGCCUGCUGCUUCCAGGGAAUAAAGUCUGAACAGUUUUCCUCAGAGACGUCUGCUGGAGAAACAGCCAGUGCUUCAGAAAUGUCUCGGCUGUCUGUCUCGCUGCCUCUCACAGGCCUGUUGUUCCUGAUGUCCUCCACGUUCGGCUCACAGUCCAGCGUGGCGUACCCGGUGACCUGUGCGACCCGCGGAGCUGAGCUGAUGGAGAACAGCGUGCUGGUUCUGUGUCCUCCUGACUGCGCCCGCGGCAGAGUGCCCGUGUUCGGGACGGGGAUCUACGCCUCCAUCUCCACCGUCUGUGGAGCUGCUGUCCACAGGGGGCUGCUCGGUCCGUCCGGAGGUCCGGUCCGAGUUCACAAGCAGAAGGGACAAAUCAACUACGUCAGCUCAUUCUCACAUGGCAUCCAAUCACAGGCGCUGACCCGCUGGACCGCCUCCUUCAGCCUCAGCAAACCAGUUAAUGUUCCUCUGGAGUUGACCAGUGACACCAGCACCACCGCUCUGCCUGCAGCUGCACAACCAGCAAAGAAACCAGUGAAGAAGACAUCAGCCAAGAAACCUCCGACCGGCGGAAACAAAGACUGUCAGAUGGACAUCGCCAUGGUGAUCGACAGCAGUAACAACAUCGGGCAGCGGCGGUUCAACCUGCAGAAGAACUUUGUCACCAAACUGGCGGCCAUGUUGCGAGUCGGACAAACAGGACCACAUAUAGGACUGAUCCAGGCCAGCGACUCUCCCCGGACUGAGUUCUUACUGAGUAACUUCACUCAGCCCAAAGAGCUGCUGUUUGCCAUCAAGGAGCUCGCCUACCUGGGAGGAGACACCAACACAGGUAAAGCCAUCAUGCACACGGCGGAGACCUUCUUCACCCAGGAGAACGGCGGGCGGCGAGGCCACCCGCGGGUGAUGAUGGUGCUGAUUGAUGGCUGGCCGUCUGACGACCUGGAGCAGGCGGCCAUGUUGGCCAGAGAGUCUGGCAUCAACGUGUUCCUGGUGUCGGUGGCCAAACCGGCGCCGGAGGAGCUCAGCAUGGUGCGAGACAAAGACUUCACGAGGAAGGCCGUGUGUAAAGACAACGGUUUCUUCACGUAUUCCAUCCCCAGCUGGUUCAGCACCACCAAACAUGUCAAACCUCUCAGUCAGAGACUCUGUGCGCUGGACAGCUUGCUCUGCAGUAAAACCUGCUACAACUCUGUAAACAUCGGGUUCCUCAUCGACGGCUCAUCCAGCGUCGGAGACGGAAACUUCCAGCUGGUCCUGGACUUCCUCGCAGGAAUCGCCAGAAGCUUUGACAUCUCAGACGUGGGCGCUCGCAUCGGUGCGGUGCAGUUCACCUACGAUCAGAGACUAGAGUUCGGCCUGUACGACCACUCGACCAAGGACGACGCCAUCAACGCUCUGAAGAGGAUCUCCUACAUGAGCGGAGGAACGGCCACAGGAGGAGCCAUCAGCUACGCCACCCAGAACCUGUUCAGGCGAACGGGACCGGGCCGCAACUUCCUCAUUGUUGUGACAGACGGCCAAUCAUACGACGACGUCACGCGCCCGGCAGCUGCUGCACAGAAACAAGGCAUCACCAUGUUCUCGGUGGGCGUGGCCUGGGCUCCCCUGGAUGACCUCAGAGCGAUGGCGUCGGAGCCGAAGGACAGCCACACCUUCUUCACCAGAGAGUUCACCGGCCUGGCCGACUUCGUCCCCCCGCUGGUCCGAGGCAUCUGCCGAGACUUCACAGAGAACAACUGAGGUCACGUGUGUUCUUCUGUACAUGUGAUGAUGACGUAACACAAAACUUAAAGUCUGAACCUUCGAACAGCCGGACGACUUCACAGGUAGAGAAACGUCCUCCGAGCGGGAGAGGACACGUUUGUACUUCUGCACAACUCGGUCUGAACUUUCAAACAACCUUUAAAGUUAAAACCUGACAAAAUGUUUUCACAGAGUUAGAAGCACACACUGUAUAUAUCCUGCACACAUACACACCAGUGCUGAUACACACCACACACUUGUAUAUAAAGACACAACAUAGGAAGUCACGUAUAAACCAAACAGCCUUUCUUUCUAUUUAAUGAAGGAGACGUCAAUAAAACCAUCCUGUCACUGAGUUUAAUCCUCAGAUCACCUGAUGUACAAUAAAAACUACAGUCAACAUCCAAUGUCACGUUUUGUAGCUCAAAUUAAUUUAGUUUAACUUUAAAGGAACUGGAAUAAGCUCUCGUGUGAUUGGCUGAGGCAGAGACGCUUUGUCCUGCAGAGUUCAUCUGAAGCUAAGGAAGCUAAUUCACAUCAGAUAGAGAUGAAACCAACCCGACCGGAUCCACAAACUGCUGAUCAGAGCCAACAGAACCGGAUGUUAGACGACUUAAAUUCUUUGAUUCACGGCUGCAGUUUCUUCUUCUGACCCUGGUGAAUCACUAACAAUCAAUCGAUAACAGAUUUUGGACGGAUGUCUGACAGAAGUCUCUGACGGAGACACGUUGUCACAGCACACGUCACUGAAACGUCCACAGUUCGAUUCCCGGCUCCUCGUUUCACCGUCUCCACACAGUUCAAUACUUCAUAUGCAUGAGUGAGAUUCUCUUUUUCUUUUCAACUUUGGAAAAAUAUGUUUCAGUUGUCUAAGAGUUGCUUUGUGUAGAACUGAACUGAAGCUGAUGCUUUGUGUCUAAACGACCGCUGGCUCUUGAGUCGUGGUGGUGUUGUGGAGGAGACAGAAAACAUUGUGUAAAUUAAACCUUCUAUACGAUCUGGAUGUUUAAUGGUGAUUCUGUCUGUUUUCUGUAUUUAUUACCUGUUUUCCUUGUCUCUCAAUAAAGAGUAGUUAUUUUUACACCU